AUGGAUGACAGGACGACAGGACGAGAGGACGAAAAGACGACCGACGAAAGACGAAAGACGAAGGCAAAGGGACGAAGGGGCGAAGGGGUGAAGGGGCGAAGGGACGUAGGGGCGAAAGUACGACAGAACGACAGGACGACAGGACGACAGGACGACAGGACGACAGGACGACAGGACGACAGGACGACAGGACGACAGGACGACAGGACGACAGGACGACAGGACGAAAGGACGACCGACGAAAGACGAAAGGACGUCAUGCGUCAUGCGACCUCCGUCCACCGUCCUCCGUACUCUAUCCUCCGUCCUCCGUCCUCCGUGCUCCGUGCUCCGUCCUGCGUCAUGCGUCAUAAGUCAUACGUUAUACGUCAUGCGUCAUGCGUCCACAGUCCUCCGUCCUCCGUCCGGGCGAAGGGACGAAGGGGCGAAGGGACGAAGGGGCGAAGGGACGAAGGGGCGAAGGGACGAAGGGGCGAAGGGACGAAGGGACAAAAAGGCAAAGGGACGAAGGGACGAAGGGGCGAAGGGACGAAGGGGCGAAGGGACGAAGGGACGAAGGGGCGAAGGGGCGAAGGGGCGACAGGACGAAAGACGAAGGAACAAAGAGGCGAAGGGACGAAGGGACGAAGGGGCGUAGGGACGAAGGGACGAAGGGGCGAAGGGGCGAAGGGGCGACAGGACGAAAGACGAAGGAACAAAGAGGCGAAGGGACGAAGGGACGAAGGGACGUAG